AUGGCGGACCAGCAAGAUUUUAACCCUCCUUCAGUAAUAAACGGCUCAGACGCUCACUCCAAAAUCUCAAUACCCCCACCACCCCUCCCUUCCGAUCAAAACCCUUCCACAAAGCCCCCUCGAACCCGUCAAAUCGCAGACGCAGCUCUCCUUUCGUCUUCUCUCCCUUCAAAGCCCUCUUCUAGACCUCCAAACUCCGAUACAUCCUCAAAUAUUACCAAUAGCACCGAUACACCGUCAUCUUCUACUGGCCCUUCUUCAGAAUCAUCAACCACCCAAAAACAACCCAAACCAGACGGCCUAAAACGUUCAGACCCUUUCCAAUUCGGUACCAGAUACUUGGAAGAAGGAGACGACGAGUUUGCGUUUAAUGCGUGGGACCAUGUUGAGGUAGAUGAUGACUAUAAAGCGUAUGCCGAGGGACAGUAUGAUAUGCAGAGGAGCAAUCCAGUGAGGGAGUUUGAUAAAAAUCGGUUCAAUUCCGAACCUGAGAAAUGGUGGAAUAACUUUUAUAAGAACAACCGUGAGAAUUUCUUCAAAGAUAGGAAAUGGCUGCAGCAGGAAGCAAGUUCAUCCCUUCCGCCGCCUUUCACACCCUCCUCCAACUUUCCAAUCCUAACAACCGCGACCGCUGAAACCUCCCCUCCAAUUCGUCUUCUCGAAGUCGGCUGUGGCGCAGGAAACACCCUUUUCCCGAUCCUCUCCUCCAACAAAAACCCCAACUUCCACAUUCAUGGCGCCGACUUCUCAAAAACUUCUAUCGAAUUGAUCCGCUCCAACGAACUUUACACUCUCCACCACCCAAAACAUGUCUCGGCAUCCGUUUGGGACUUAGGAAAUGCCGAUGGAGUUCUCCCAGAGGGUAUUGAACCAGAAUCAUUAGAUGUCGUUAUCCUCAUCUUCGUGUUUUCAGCAUUACACCCGGAUCAGUGGGCCCACGCCGUUAAUAACGUAAAUAAAUGCCUGAAGAAGGGCGGGAAGGUUUUGUUUAGAGAUUACGGAAGGGGCGAUUUGGCGCAGGUGAGGUUCAAGAAGGGAAGGUUCUUGCAGGAGAAUUUCUAUAUCAGGGGAGAUGGGACAAGGGUAUACUUCUUCGACCGAGACGAGUUAGAUAGACGAAUGCUAGUCAACCGUGCAAGAAAGAUAAAGAUGCAUCGAUGUUGGCUUCAGGGGUUAUUCGUCAAAGGUGGUGACGAAGAAGUCGAGAAGACACUAGGAGAGCAGAAAGGUCCAGAACCGCAAUGGAUGAGGGUGGCGCAUACCGAUGUGACCGACCAAAGCCAAGAGAAGGAGGUUGAACAAAUAGUUGAUACGCCAGGGUUGGAGGAGCAGGUGAAGAACCUAGAUCUAGGGAGUACUCCCUCUGUAUGA